UUCACUGCACGCCUGGACAAUCUCUCAGCAAAAUACAUUGUUUGGCUAUCCAUCUGCAUGCUUUGAUACAAGUAGCCUAUUUGAUUGUUGCUUACGAGUUCUGUCACCGCAGCUUUAAUUAACCUGCAAUGCAUUUGUAGCGACCAGGCCAACCAGGCUCGUUCAAAAACUAUGUAUUUAACAAGAUAGAUGUUAUCCGUUUCCUUAUCCUAUAAUCUGCACGAUUUAUCCACGGCAUUCAACAUCGAUGGGCUGACAUUUAUUGGUCCACCGGGCUUGCACGAAGAGAUCUCACCACCAGUGCCUUAUUUUUAGUAGCCCGAGGGGAAGUGUGAAGCCCAUCCCACUCGAUUCCCCCAAAUGAUCUCGGCUCCUGUCUCGUCUGCACAAUAAGCGCACGACAGCCAGGGCACGUUGCCGGGUGUAUAGUGCAGCUUUCACCGAAGCCUUUCCAACCCUAAAGGCAUGACACCACCUCGGUAGAACGCCAAAGGAGACUGGGACAGACUUUUUUUGCGGCUUGACCACAUAAUCUGUGCUCGACCACAGCUGUUCCGACCUCCUCUGGUUCUGGAGACAACGUGACCGUCGUUGGGUUGCAUGCAUUCGGCAGCACUGAGUGCAAUCGGAGCCAACGAUGCAAUGGACUACCAAUAACUUUCAUAUCGGACAAGGGUUCGUUGUGAUUCAAUGAUCUGAAUCUGGAGUCGAAUAUACGGAGUGAUAUCACAGCCGGGCUAGUCAUAUGUUCCUUGACACAGCGUUUAAUGAAUGAUCUCUUAUUCUUGCCCGGACCAGGUAUCCUCCCCAGUGCUGCAGUUAUACCACAAUCUGACAUUUUUAUGCAUAGUCUGUGCAGAAUCAAGAUGCAGUUUCGGACAGUGCUGGACGUGAAAGUCGUGGACGUGGAGAAGAGACGCAAUCCAUCAAAACACUACGUAUACCUCAUCAACGUCACCUACUCCGACAACACCUCACACAUCGUCUACAGGAGAUACAGCAAGUUCUUUGAUUUACAGAUGCAAAUUCUUGACAAGUUCCCGAUCGAGGGAGGACAGAAGGACCCCAAGAAGAGGAUCAUUCCCUUUCUCCCAGGUAACCGCAUGCUCACCCCCAAGACCGGGUACCAUUCCAGUACGGCUGUGUUGUGGGAGUUAGCAGUAACUUUGCCGGGAGAGGCACGUAAAGGGUUAUGUCCGUUUGACGUCUGAUUCCUCGAGCGAGCGAGCCAAUCAGAGGACUCCGCUGAGGACAUUUUUAAAUACGUUUCAUCUUCGUUCAUCUUAACGUGCCAAAGCUUUUUCGGGUUUAUCCGAUGAACAAUAUGAAUGCGGCUUAUUUUGUUUGCAAGCAAGCUUUCUUCAAGAAUUGCUGUAAACGGGUCAGGCUCCGAAAAUAAAGUCUCAAUCCAAUAGUUUUAAGACAGCUUGCAUCCAUAAGUGUGCAUUACCGCCAUCUGCUGGUCUGUCACUCUGCCCAUCUAAUCCGGCAGUGCUUUGCUGUGUGUGGAAGGGCCCAAGACGGAAAUCGUGUAGAACGUAGCCGCAUGUGUGGAGAGUGAAAAUCACUAUCGGGGCCUGAAAGACUACCCCAGUAAUUUACAGGGAACUAUGUGUGAAGGCUGUUGAUGAUGUUAUUUGCCGAUGGAUGUGUUUGUGUGAUUGUGUUUGUGAAUGUGUGUCUUCAAUGUCUGGGUGUGUGUAUAUUUGUGUGUGUGUGUGUGUGUGUGUGUGUGUGUGUGUGUGUGUGUGUGUGUGUGUGUGUGUGUGUGUGUGUGUGUGUGUGUGUGUGUGUGUGUGUGUGUGUGUGUGUACUCUUUAUGUAUGUGUGUGUGUGUGUGUGUGUGCGUGCGUUUGUCCUUGUGUGUAUGUCUGUGUGUGUGUGUGUGUGUGUGUGUGUGUUUGUCCUUGUGUGUGUGUUUUUGUGUCUGCAUGUGUCUAUGUCUGUGUAGAAAAUGUCUUUGUGUGUGUGUUUGUCUGUCUGUCUGUCUGUCUGUGUGUGUGUGUGUGUGUGUGUGUGUGUGUGUGUGUGUGUGUGUGUGUGUGUGUGUGUGUGUGUGUGUGUGUGUGUGUGUGUGUGUGUGUGUGUGUGUGUGUGUGUGUGCAUGCGUGUAUGUCUUUGUGUGUGUCUGUGUAUAUGUGAAUCUAUAUGUGCAUGUUGCGCACUGCCUCAGCAUUGAUCCGAGUGGUGAAGCGGGCAGGAGGAAUAUCUCACGGUCAAAUGGUGGGAGUGAAACGCGAUGGCCGCCUCCAGGAUAACAUGAGAGUGAUCGAUAGCUCUGCUUGCAUCCGCUUGAUUACCAUAGGAGGCUGACAUCAUUGCUGCUAUUGGUGCGGUUGACGUGCACGCCUGCGUUGUUUCGUUUCAUGUUAACACUUGCAUAGCGUUUCUUCUAUAUAUGUGUUGGUUUUCUCGCAUCCUUCUUUUUCUAUGCCGUUUUCCAAGUGCAUGUGUUUUUCUUUUGUUCAAUGUGAAUCGAAGGAUGCAUUCCUGUAAUUAAAGUGGUGGAGACACACUUUGCUUGUUUCACUCAGAGAGUGUGUGUGUGUGUGUGUGUAUGUGUGUACAAAAAUUACACACAUUUAUUAAAACUGUUCUAUUGACAACGAGGCACUAAGCAUGUAGUUAGCUCCUUCAAAGUAAGAGCACAGCGAGUGUUGCGUGAUAGGGUAGGAAGGGACUGCUGUAUAUCAUAGGCUGUAACUACAGUAUGGACGUCACAGCCUUGAUGUCACCCGUCAUUCGACCCACUGCGGUUAUGAAGCCACAGAUUUCAUGCUAUGGAAAGUGGUUGACGUUUAGCAACCCACUGGGGAAACAACCCAUAUUUGGCUUAUUGACGGUGGGAAUUGAGUGGUUCCAUCGCUGUAGUCAACGGACAAAAGUCACUCGUAUGAAAUCCUGGAUCACUCUUCAAUGGAAUACAGACGUCAAACCGUACCUCAAAAAACAUAUUACAUGUUGAGUGGAACAAAGCACUGAGCUUCUAGUUCAACGAAGCAAAACGCAUUUGCUUUCUAAAGUAU